UUGCCGCCUGCGCGCCGGCUGCCCACAGUUCGGUGGGUCGGAGCCUCGGGACGCGGCCGGGCAGGCAGCCGCAGCUCGCGCUCGCUCCAGGAUGUCGGGCUUCCUGGUGGAGCUGCUCGGCGAGAAGCUGGUGGCGGGCGGCGGCGAGGAGGUGGACGUGCACUCGCUGGGCGCCCGCGGGAUCUCCCUGCUCGGGCUCUACUUCGGCUGCAGCCUGAGCGCCCCCUGCGCGCAGCUCAGCGCCAGCCUGGCCGCCUUCUACGGCCGCCUGCGGGGGGACGCGCCGGGCCCGGGGCCGGGGAGCGGGGGCGCGGGCGCCGCAGCCCCCGCCGCCGCCGCCGCCGCCGAGCCGGAGCCGGAGCCGGAGCCGCGCCGCCGCCUCGAGAUCGUGUUCGUGUCCUCGGACCAGGACCAGCAGCAGUGGCAGGAGUUCGUGCGGGACAUGCCGUGGCUGGCGCUGCCCUACAAGGAGAAGCACCGGAAGCUGAAACUAUGGAACAAAUAUCGAAUUUCCAACAUUCCGUCACUGAUCUUCAUCGAUGCUACCACGGGGAAGGUCGUGUGCAGAAAUGGGCUGCUGGUGAUCCGGGAUGACCCCGAAGGUCUGGAAUUCCCCUGGGGGCCCAAGCCCUUCAGCGAAGUCAUCGCGGGCUCCCUGCUCAGAAACAGCGGCCAGGCCCUGGACAGCAGCUGCCUGGAGGGGUCUCACGUGGGCGUUUACUUCUCGGCCCACUGGUGCCCGCCCUGCCGAAGUCUCACCCGGGUCCUGGUGGAGUCUUACCGGAAGAUCAAGGAGUCGGGACAGAAAUUCGAGAUCAUCUUUGUUAGCGCCGACAGGUCCGAGGACUCCUUCAAACAGUAUUUCAGCGAGAUGCCCUGGCUCGCCGUCCCCUACACCGACGAAGCCCGGAGGUCACGUCUCAACCGGCUCUACGGGAUCCAAGGCAUCCCCACGCUCAUCGUGCUGGACCCCAAGGGAGAGAUGAUCACGCGGCAGGGCCGGGUGGAGGUCCUGAAUGACGAGGACUGCCGAGAGUUCCCCUGGCACCCCAAGCCUGUGCUGGAGCUCUCCGACUCCAACGCCGUGCAGCUCAACGAGGGCCCCUGCCUUGUUCUCUUUGUGGAUUCCGAGGACGACGGCGAGUCCGACGCAGCCAAGCAGCUCAUCCGGCCGAUCGCCGAGAAGAUCAUCGCCAAGUACAAGGCCAAGGAGGAGGAGGCCCCGCUCCUGUUCUUUGUGGCGGGAGAGGACGACAUGACGGACUCCCUGAGGGAUUACACCAACCUGCCCGAGGCCGCGCCCCUGCUCACCAUCCUGGACAUGUCGGCCCGGGCCAAGUACGUGAUGGACGUGGAGGAGAUCACGCCGGUCAUCGUGGAGGCCUUUGUGAACGACUUCCUAGCAGAGAAGCUCAAGCCAGAGCCCAUCUAAGGGGACCGGGGCCUCCUUGGACACUAUUUAAGACUCGGCCGCCUCCUCCCCCUUUACGCCCUUGGACUUUUCAGCUGUUUCUGUCGCCCUCAUGUGUGAGCUCCUGGUGGUGCCUUUGUAAAGUUCUGAGGGGGGCGCCUCCUUCUCAGGGGCAAGAGUCCGGGUCUCAGAGACGGCUCCUGCUCCGCGCUGACUUAUCUGGGCCAGAACGGGGAUUUUUACAGGGAAAUCCUGGCCGGGGUGCCCCUCCCCCGGGUUAGGCAGCAAGCAGGCGGGUAAUUUGGCCACAGUCCCCCUCCGGGCACAGACCCGCUCGGGAGCACACACCCAGGACUCUCCCGGAGGCGGGCGGGUGGGGCGCUGGGUGUCGGUGCCCACCAUCAGUUGGGCUGGGUCUUGGCUCAGGGAAGGGAGGUCAUGGCUUCCUCAGGUCCUUCGGGCGCCGUCCUGAGCCAAGAGGGAACUCGGAGCCCCUCUCUCCUCCUCUGCCCCCCCCUUUAGGGCCCACCUUCUCCCAGGAACACCCCCGCUGCCUUUAGUCACACUCAUGGCCGUCCUGGUUCCUCGACCAAGGACUUGUGCCGUCCGUCCUCAGAGGGGCCCAAGCCCUACGGGCAGGCCCCUGGCUAAGGUGGUGCUGGAGAGCCCCUCCGGGGUGUCCGCUGGGACCCUCGGCUCCCACAAUUUGAAAAGCACAAGACAGAUCCCUUCCCGGAGGUGGUCUAGCAUAGCCCCUAUCCUUACCAAGGGGGAAACCGAGGCCCAUCUAGGUGGACUGACUUGCCAGAGCUCCCACAGGUAGUAAGUGGCAGAGCCAGGAUUUGAACCCAGGUUCCCAGACUCUGAACCCAGCAUUAUUUCCCCCGCAUCUUACAUCCUCCCACACCAAAAGGCACCCAAAGGAGCAGUGUUCUCUGAAGCCAGGAGUUUGGGCAGAGCUGUGCCAGGCCUUCCCCGCCGUGGGCGCAGACCGGCCUCGGGGAAAGGGCCCCCAGCCCCUUGGGGUGACUGCUCGCAGGAAGACCCAGCUCCCUAAAGGAAGCUAUGGACUUUGCUCGCCCUUGCUGUGUUGUUUUGUUCUUGUAGUUCAAAGGGUAGGAAGUUAGUCUAAUGAUGGCCCAGGUCUGAGAUGCAGUCACUUAAAAAUAAAACAGGCACCUUUGGGUUUUUCA